GUCAUAUCCGGGCUACUGCAACGCUGUUAGUGUCACACAGCUAGCAAGCGAGCGGCUUUACUUGUUAUUAGCAUUUCUCUGGAUUUAUCACCGGCUAGUUUGCCUCCAACACGACGCGAUUCAGUGUCGGGAGGUUUGUAAGCCCGGUCCAGAAGGAUAGUCUGUGUUAGGUAGUCGUGUGAACCGGAGAAUUUAACUUCUAAACACAAGGCGAAGCUAAAGGAAGAACACGUUGUCUUUGUCAGGCGCGCGGCGGGCAAGCAGUUAGUAAGUGGGUCGCUCGGUCAAGAAAACGCCAUCUGGCUGUAACAUAUUUUUCAGACAGAAAAAAAACACCUUAAUUUCGUACUCAGAAUGCCAUGCCACAAUCAGCAACUGAACAAUAUCAACAGUGGCCAGGAGCACCCUAUGAAGCAGGUCCGGUUUGCGAACAGCAGCAGUGUCCCUGCAGUGCUGUCUAACUCUGAACCAUCUGAUGCCACCAGCAUACAGACUGACAGUCAGGAUCACACUGGACUCCCCCAGCUCAAACUGCUCCCCCUCAACGACCAGAUCCGAGAGUUACAGACCAUAAUCAGAGACAAGUGAGUCCUCAAUCUCCUCUCUUAUUGGCAUUAAGACCAAAACAAAUCUCUGUAGCUCUGAUUUGAUCUCUUAUAGCUGAGUAGUUUUAUGCAAUGACAGCUGUUGUAGAAGCUUUAGCAUCUGCAUAACUCCCAAGGCAACACUUAAGAUACACGACCUGUCAUAUUUCUGAUUUAUUAUUGGAGCUGUAGUGGUGAUGGUGGCGUCCUGAAGUACUCUUGAUAUUUUGUUCUCUUAAUAAACAAACAGAGGGAGAGGAGAAGAAUAACAAGUAAAACCAUCAACAUAAUGCACUCCAUCCAGUAUACCACCACCACUAGAGUUUCAACCGCUUAUUUAGAGCUAUUGUUCUGGGUUGCAGAUUGCCCAGGUGUUUAUAUUAUUGGCCACUGAAUGCAACAAAUACAUAGAUUAGUCAAGCCUCACAUAGCAGUAGCAAUCACACUGUAUGUCCAUAGGUUUGUGUAAAGCCGUGAUGCGCAAAUCUAAAAUCAGAACAGUAUAAGUAUCGAAGCUGACCUGGAGAAACGUUGGUAUUGGUCAGAUAGGGUAUGUAGUUGAUCCAAUUUUACCUUGUAAGGCCUUUUGUCCUGCAAACUCACGCUGUGCAGCCAAACAUCCUUUCAGGUGGCUCAUAAGUGUCAAAGUGAAUCUUUGGGACAUUUACCUAUGAUACCAGAGAGGCUCUCUCAAAGGUUGUGGUGAUAAUUUGGCAUUUGUAGUAGAAUAAUGAAACAGUAUGAGUAUUGUCACUUUUUGUUUUGUAGAUCUGUGUUGUUACAGCUUCUCUUUUGAUCCCUGUUAGUUCUGCAAAGUGAGGUGAAGAUUUCAGAUUAUUAAAUUGUCUUUAAGGAUGUGUGUCAGGUACAUGCUUGCAGCUUAAUUGAUGCAUUUUAAUUUCAGAAUCAGAAUCAGAAUGUCCUCUAUUGUCAUCAUACUGAAAGUACAACGAGAUUGGAGAGCUUCUCCUUUUCCAGUGCAAUGGACAAGUAAAAGUACAAAUAGUUGUAAGAAAGAAGGUAAUAUAUAUACAAGACAAGAAUUCUGCAGAGUAUUAAAAUGAAACAUAUGUGUAAGAAUAAAAUAGAAAGAUAAAUACUAAAGAGAAUUAUUAACAAUAUAUAUAUAUAUAUAUAUAUAUAUAUAUAUAUAUAUAUAUAUAUAUAUAUAUAUAUAUAUAUAUAUAUAUAUAAUUUAAGGCUGUUUAAAAAGGGGGACCUGACCACUGCACCCAUUUUUUGAAGAGGUACCAUUGUGAGUUCAGGCUGUAGCUAUCAAGGACCAUAUUUGGACUGGUGUGUACUGACCAAGUCAAGUCCAGUGUCCUGAAUUAGUUGAAGUGUCAUGUAGCAGUCAGACAUCCACCUGUCACUUGAAAAGGCCAUGAAUGUGAAAAUGAGCAGGAGAUAUGACCAGUUAUUAACCUACACAGCCCUUUAAACUACCCCAUGAACACAGAGAGGGAGAGAAAAGAGGAUUUGGUUUAUCUCUGAAGAGGAGAACUUCCUGAAAUUCUGAAAAAAAUGUUUGUAUUCAAAUUUUCAGAACAACCAGCAGAGGAGACUUUGUGUUUUGUGCUGAUCGACUGGUGAGAUUCCAACUACAUACUGCAUCCAAUAUGUGUGUUUUUGUAAGCUGUGCACUUUAAGCUGCUUCUUUAUUCAAAUACAGAUCAGACUAGUGGUUGAAGAGGGUUUGAAUCAGCUGCCUUACUCAGAGUGCACUGUGACCACACCAACAGGUAAGGCUCUCUUUCAUUAAUAACAACGUCAAUGUUCAGAGCCUCCUCUGACUGUGCUAGUGAAAAAUAACUGAUUUUAAUCAUGUUGGUGCUAAAAUAAGAUCUGCAUAGGGAUCCAAUCCUAUGCUUUACCUCCAGCAUGUAUGACUGAGUGAGCUUGUUCCCAGCAGCUACAUUUGUAAAAGUUCCUGCUUCAUUUCCCCCUUAGGGUACAAGUAUGAAGGUGUCAAGUUUGAAAGAGGCAACUGUGGAGUCAGCAUAAUGAGGAGUGGUGAGUUAAAGCUUCUGGUGCUCACCUACCAAAUUAAAGUCUUUCCUUUUGUCAGGACAUGUAUUAUGUCUGCCAUGCAUAUGUGAUUGCUGCAGACAGCGUACUGGGACUGUACACUCUGUUCUGCACAUAUUCAUCAGGUCAGACUAUUGUGUUUGCCUGAUCACAUGCUGUUUCAGCAGUGGUUCUUUUUCUCUUGGUUAGAAUGAACAUAUUGAUGUUAAAUAAUACAAGAGAAUAAUAUCACACUGAGCACUGAAGAUUGAAAUAUGUAAGGUCGACCCUCAUACUUUACUCCUUAAGUUACAUUAACUAUCACUCAUUGAUUUUUGAGCCCAUACAACAGUGGCAACUUGACACAAAUCCUUUAAGGUUGUUUGUCAACAUGUCAGGUUACAGUUUGGUGUAGAAUAGAUAGCUUUUUUGAUAUUAAUUUAUCUAUACCACAAAAUAUCAAUGUUUUAUUUAUACCUACAGGAUGAAAUCAACUUUUUUUUUUGACACAACACUUUUCCUCUUUUUUUGUUGUACUCUGUAUGUUUACCAAGUGGUGGGCUGUCUGGACUUCAGCACAUAGUGUAGUUUUGGUUCAGACAAGCAAAGUUUUCCAAGUAUUUGAUUGAUUUGUUUAUUACUGUGUCUGAUUUCAACUCCCUGUCACAUGAAACAGGUUUCAGCAUCACAGAUUGUCAUCAUUUUAGGGCAAAACAGUCAUUAGAGGCUUUAAAUUGAAUAACAGCAAAUGAGGCUCUACAGUGUUGUUAAAAUAAUUGUUCAAGUCCCGUUUUGGGGCCUUUUUUCUCCUUGAAAAUAAUGCAAAAAGAUAUAUUUUGUUGGACACACUUUUUUAGAAUCUGUUGUUAACCAGCACUGAUUAAAACUGGCUGGAAACAAUAAAUGAAUUGAACUAAAUUAGCUACAGGCAGCAAUAAUCAAUGCUCAUAUAGUCUUGAAACUUUUGAGUAUUAGUUUCUUACUUAACGGCAAAAAGAAAUAAAUAAAAAAUAUUUAGACAACUGAAGAAGUAUGCUUUAUGUAGCUUCUGAGCUUCCACCUGACUUCAUAUGCAUCAUCAAAGCUUGUUCUAUUAAAAAAGACGUACACACACAUUGUCAAAAAGGAUUUGGGAAAAGAGUAGAAAAUUCUGAUCUAGUAAGUGAACGAGACAUCAGAGAAAAAAAGCAGUAGUUGACAUCAGAGAUGUAAAUGAUGAACAACAUUGACUCCAUGCCCAGCUGUUUUCUUGCAAUUGCAAAAAUAUGCACUUGAUUGUUACAGCGCCGCAUUGAGGUUAAUGAGUGUCACAAUGUGUGCCUAAGUGGUGAGUGGAAUUUGCAACUCAGCUGGCAAUUUUCUCUGAGUUUGUUCAAGGCAGAGAAUCACAAAAAACAAGAACGACAAGAAAAAGAAAAAGGCUCCAGCAGAGAGCAUCACGGCUUUGACGGCUGGAUAAACAACAUUUUUUAUUUCACUUAUAUUCUGUGUUUCUCUCUAAAGGUGAGGCUAUGGAACAGGGUCUCCGGGACUGCUGUCGUUCCAUUCGGAUUGGCAAGAUCCUCAUCCAGAGUGAUGAGGAGACACAAAAAGCCAAGGUCUACUAUGCCAAAUUCCCCCCAGAUGUGUACAGAAGAAAAGUGCUGCUCAUGUACCCCAUCCUUAGUAAGUAAAAGAGUUUAUCCCACAUACGACUCCAGUGUGCCAACAUAGGAAGCUCAUAAAUAGAGUUUUUUUUUUUUGGUUUUUUUUUUUGUGCAAAUGCAAAAUUAGUUUGAUGUUUUUGUUCAUUCGGAGAAAUCUCCCUUGAGUUGACCUUCAGCACCGUCCACAUUUCCACAUCAGAGCAGCCCAUUCACACUGUUCUGAUAAUUAUAGCACUCAUGGGGGAAAUUAUACACUGUCUAGGAGAUGGCCACCAAGCCGCUGAAUAGUAUAAUGAGGGACAACAAAAAUAGUAUCUUAAUAGCCCCGGUUCACCAAAGUCACAAAGCAGCAUUUUUCUGUUCUCGGUUUUUGAAGAAACAUGAUGGAGACCAAGCCAGGUUGAAGGUAUGUUUUAUAAUGUCAGAAUGAUGGAUCAUAUGGUUACACUAAUGCAUCCUAACAGGGGCAGAAAUUAAAGCCUGUCAAGUACCCAGACUGAAGGGCAGAUCAGUCAGCACUCAGCUCAGAACCAUUUUCAGAUGUUAAUGGUACCCAAAAUAUGUAACUGUUAAUAUAUUUUAAACAAUCAGUGUUAAUAUGUACCUUAUAAAUAAUAGGUAGGUAAUUAACGAAUAAUGUUAUAGAGGGAUGUGAGUCAAAAAAUUUGAUGUUGUGUGUCUGCAGGUACAGGGAACACUGUGAUCGAGGCAGUGAGGGUACUGAUAGAACACGGAGUCCAGCCCAGACAUAUCAUCCUCCUCAGCCUCUUCUCCACGCCUCACGGUACACCACCUCAAACACAUCACUGACACGGCGCUCAUCACCCGUUUACUUUUGUUUACCCACCAGAUCACAUGCUUAGUCUGCAAUCUCCUCCUCACUCCUGUUCCUGCUGUGUCAUUGUCUUUGUCUAAAAUGUGUCUGGCAUCCGUAAUGCUGUCUAGCAGCGCAGCUCAGCAACAAUGGUUUUGAAUGAGAGAAUGAAGCAGCAAAUAGGCUUGUUACUAGGGUUUAUUUUCUCACACAAUUACCAUGAAAAUUAGUGCACUUCCUCAUAAUUUCACGUAGUAUCAUAGCAAUUACUGCUUUUCUUUUUUUUGACAUUGCUAUGAAUGUUUUCAAAACCCUAAAUUUACACUUAAACAAUUCCACAGCGAAAGCAUUACCACUGUGGUUUUAUGAUAUCUUCGAAUGCCUGCUUUGUUUUGACAUAUCCUGUCUUUUCCUCACGCCACCCUCGGGACAAAUUAAAAUAGAAAAUAUACAUCUGUGACUCUUUUUUUAGUUAGAGUAUGCCUAGAGGGUAUUAAGGUGGAUAUUAUUGCAUGAACAUGCCAAAGUAAUAUGUGCGUCAUUUAUUACAAUUCUAUUCGUAAACCUAUGAGCCGUUGAACUGGGAAUUUCUUUGUUUACAUCAUCUAACAGCUUCACUUGGCAAAUUUGCACUUAGCUUCAGAUUUUUCCUUUAAGAGAGACCUGUUUCUAUGUGUUUGUGUUAGCAGUUUGGUAGAGUACGUGACCCUUAUGUCCAGCGUUCAGAAAUGUAUUGAAUGGACUUCAAACAUUAUAAAUGUACCUUGUCAGCGUUGACAGCUGUUAGGCUUAGCUGCAGUGCUGUACAGCUGAGGUUUGAAAAGAUGGAGGCAGCUCAAGAACAUUUCCAUGAACAGUUUCUUCCUGGGGGAUAUUUGAACAUUUCAUCUUAAAUGGAAACUAAUUUCUCCCUGCAUCAUACUUAAGAUGAUAAUACAACUGAAAGCACUUCGUAAAAGAGUAACAGCUUUUUAUUUUCUUUCAGGAGCCAAUUCUAUAAUCCAGGAGUUCCCUGAUAUCACCAUCCUGACCACAGAGGUUCAUCCAGUGGCUCCCACACAUUUUGGACAGAGGUAUUUUGGCACCGACUAAACUGACAACAACCUGAGGAACAUGAUCUGCUCUUUGCUUUUGAGUAUGUUUGUGUUGUUUAUUUAAACGUGUCAUGUUCUCCUUGUUGUGCCAAAUACUUCUACAUUAUCUCCAAAGUCCCCAAAGGGAGUUAAACUGAUCGAUUUGAUGUAUUGUAUUUAUUUUACAUGUGUUUUUGCUGUGUAUACUCAUGCUCAAGAGACAAAUACACUGACCUGUAAAAAGGGUUCAGCUUGGAUCAUUUUAUUUGCAUGUUACAAUAAAUGGCAGAAAAUAAAGACUUUAUAUUUGUUAACUGACAAAA